AUGCGUUCUUUAUCUGUGUCCUUAAUCGCUGCCUUACAGGCGUUGGCGAUCGCUUUACCGCAGCCACACCCUCUUUCAAUACCUUUGACGAAAAGAUCUACUCUCAGGACUGCUGACGGUUAUGUUGACCCUGCUUCGAUCAGGGCUUACAUAUCGAGCACAGAGGCCAAGCUACACCGGGGCGCUGCUGCAAUCGAAAGAAAUACUGGCGUAGCCCUAUUCUCAUCACUUACAAGGCGUGCGGCAGCGUCAGGUUCUGACCCGCUGGUUGACGACUCAAACGAGCGUUGGUAUGGAAAAAUCGAAGUCGGCACUCCGCCGCAUACGUUUACCAUUGACUGCGACACUGGUUCAACGGACUUCUUUUUACCUGGACCAAGCUGCGGGGACGCAUGCAGCGGACAUGACAUAUACAAUCCCAAUAGUAGUUCGUCCGCUGAGCCUCUUGGCAGGUCAUUCACAGUGGAGUACAACGAUGGCUCCAUGGCCACAGGUGAUCUAUACACGGACACCGUGUCACUUGCUGGAUACAAUGCCAGAGCACAAACGUUGGGCGUUGCCUCGUUGUAUUCAUACGGGUUCUCGUCGGAGAACUUUGGUGCGGACGGGCUGAUGGGAAUGGCUUUCAAGUCUGUUUCCGAGUUUGGCGCAGACUCCGUUUUCCAGACGCUGGUUUCGCAAGGAGCUGUCCCGGAACCAGUGUUUGCUUUCAAACUUGCAUCCUCUGGUUCUGAGCUUUACGUUGGUGGCGUGAACUCUGCGUUGUAUCGUGGUCCGUUCACGUAUACUCCAGUAACUCAACAGGGAUACUGGCAAAUCGCUGGUGACGCCAUUGGGAUCAAUGGGAAAGAAGUCGUCAAUGGAUUCUCCGCUAUUGUCGACACUGGGACCACGCUGAUCAUCGGUGAUACGUCCUACGUCAGUCAGCUCUACGCAGUUAUCAAUGCGACAGAAGUAGGUGGAGGUGUAUACUCGCUACCGUGUGAUGCCAUGCCAAAUGUGAACAUCACCAUUGGCGGGAAACCUUUUGCGCUUUCCGCGGAGACCUUCAAUUUUGGCAAGUAUGGCUCGUCAGGAAACACCUGCCUGGGUGGUAUUGCAGGCAGUGACGGUCUUGGAGAUCUAUGGAUCCUUGGUGACGUCUUCCUGAGAAACGUAUACAGCGUUUUUGAUGUCGGAAAUUCCAGAGUUGGUUUUUCGGAGCUUGCAUGA